GCACACGCACGAGCAUGCCACACGCGCGUACGAAAGAAACACCUCCCCGCCAGCUUCCACUCUGGAAGAAAUCAAACAGCGAGCCUUCCGCCGCUCACACACCACCGCGCCGCAAGAGUCGAACAACAGAGGACACGGAGAAGAGAGACAUAGAGCACAAGAGAGCUAGAGAGAGGGAGAGAAAGAGGGAGAGAGGGUGAAGGAUCGAGAGAGAGAGAGAGAGAGACAGAGAGACAGAGAGAGAGAGAGGGAGAGAGGGUGAAGGAGCGAGAGAAAGAGAGAGAGAGAAAGGAAGAGACAUAUUUAUCGCCGUCUCCUCUCUUCAGUUCUCCAUAACAAGAGAAGUUGUUUGUUUUCAUUUUGCCUACGACGAGUCGGCAAAGUUACAUCUCUCCAUUUCUAGACAUUAUCUGGCUCGAUUUGGACACAGAGCAGGCUUAUACACAAAGCCCACUUUUUUGUACGGCUAGUGAUGUCAAGGAGAUGCGUUUCUGGUUCCAUUCAUCGGUGAAGGCUUUUUACGCGCGGCUCUGAGAUGGAUCACAGGCGCGCAAGAGACAGUUGGGCUCCAGUCACGGGGAUGGUGGUGUGUUUGCUGCUGUGUGCCUGUGUGGUGGACCUGGUUCUGGCGCAAAUACGCUACUCUAUUCCGGAGGAGUUGGACCACGGGGCUUUUGUGGGGAACAUCGCGGAGGACCUGGGAUUGGACGUGGCCAAGCUAUCGGCGCGUCGGUUCCGUAUAGUCUCGGGCGCUAAGAAGCAAUAUUUAGAAGUGAACUUGGAAAACGGCAUUUUAUUUGUCAACGAAAAAAUAGACCGCGAGGAUCUUUGCGAACGCAGCCCGAGCUGUUUUCUUCAUCUACAAGUGGUGAUUGAAAAUCCACUAGAACUCUAUAGGGUGGAAGUAGAGAUUUUAGAUGUAAAUGACAACUCCCCGAGUUUUCCGUGGAGUGAGUUUAACAUCGACAUCACCGAGUCCGCUGCGCCCGGUUCCCGGUUCCCGUUAGAGAGCGCGCAGGACCUGGACGUGGGCACCAAUUCUCUCCGCACAUACCAGCUCAGUGCCAACCAGCACUUCGUGUUGAACAUCCAAACGCGUAACGACGGGAGCAAGUUUGCAGAGCUCGUGCUGGACGUCCCGCUGGACCGGGAGCAGCAGAAGACGCACGAGAUGGUGCUGACAGCCUUGGACGGAGGCUCGCCCGAACGCUCCGGGACAGCCAGAAUAACCAUCACCGUAUUAGACGCCAAUGAUAACGUGCCUGUAUUCGAUCGAUCCGUGUACAGAUCGAGUCUUGUGGAAAACGCACCACGGGGCACUCUCCUUCUGAAACUAAACGCCACGGAUUUGGACGAGGGCUCCAACGGAGAGGUGACCUACGCGUUCAGCGGGCACGCUCCGUUAAAGGUGCGCGAGUUGUUCAGCAUCGACCCGUACACUGGCGAGAUCCGCGUGAAAGGGAUCGUGGACUUUGAGAAAUCGAGUGUGUUCGAGCUUUACGUGCAGGCUAAGGACCGCGGUCCGUCGGCGGUGGCCGUUCACAGUAAGGUGCUGGUCGACAUUCUCGACGUGAACGACAACGCGCCCGAAGUCAUCCUGACCUCCGUCUCCACGCCCGUUCAGGAGGACGCGCCACCGGGCACGGUGAUCGCCGUGAUCAGUGUCAUGGAUCGGGACUCGUUGGAGAACGGAAACGUGGACUGUCAAAUCCCCAGCAAUGUGCCCUUUCAACUCCACUCCUCCUUUAAAAACUAUUACACUCUCGUGACCAGCGAGUUCCUGGACAGGGAGUCGGUGUCCGAGUACAACAUCACUCUCACGGCUCGAGACCUGGGGUCACCAUCUCUGUCCACGAGGAAAACAAUCCUCGUCCAAGUGUCUGACAUUAAUGACAACCCCCCGCGCUUCGCCCAGCCCUCCUACACAGUCUAUGUGACUGAGAACAAUGCCCCGGGCGCUUCAAUUUGCUCCGUGACCGCGUUCGACCCUGAUUCCAAUCAGAACGCCUAUUUGUCUUAUUCCAUUCUGGAAGGUCACAUCCAGGGCAUGCCCGUGUCCACUUAUGUCUCCAUCAACUCGGACAACGGCAACAUCUACGCCCUGCGCUCCUUUGACUACGAGCAGCUCAGGAACUUCCAGAUCAAGGUCCAAGCCCAGGACGCGGGUUUCCCGCCUCUCAGUAGUAACGUCACCGUCACCGUCUUCGUUUUGGAUCAGAACGAUAACGCGCCGGUCAUCGUAUCUCCGCUGCCCAAAAACGGCACAGUGGCCACGGAGGUGGUCCCGCGAUCAGUGGACGCUGGGUAUCUGGUGGGCAAAAUCACGGCGUUAGACGCAGACGCUGGACAGAACUCCCGCUUAUCCUAUCAGGUGUUACAAGCCACCGACCCAGGGCUCUUUAGCGUGGCUUUAUACACGGGGGAGAUUCGGACUAUACGCCGUUUGGUGGAAAAAGACACGACAAGGCAGAGGCUUGUGAUACUAGUGAAGGAUAACGGGCAGCCCCCGCUCUCCGCCACCGUGUCGAUCCUCCUCACGGUGGUGGACAGCGUGCCCGAGUCGCUGUCGGAUUUCGGGGACCUCACGCUCAGCCCGCAGCCCCCCUCCAACCUCGCUUUCUACCUGAUCGUGUCCCUGAGCACCAUCUCCCUGAUCUUCCUGGUGACCAUAAUCAUACUGGCCGUGGUGAAGUGUUACAAGGACCGGGAGACCCUCAGUGGGUACAGUCUCCCCCCGCUGGCUUGCUGCUGCUGCGCGGGCUUCCAGCCGGACCCCCCGCCGGAGGUGUUCAAGAAAUCAAACAUCAACCUGCAGAUUUCCACCGCGGCCAAAGUGCCCACGAACUGCAUGGAGGUCAACGGCAACAGCAGCCUCUCCCAGUCCUAUUGUUAUAAAGUGUGCCUGACCCCAGAAUCGGCUAAAAGUGACUUUAUGUUCCUGAAGCCGUGCAGCCCCAGUAGCGCGCCGCGGAACAACGAAGCGAAGAACGCGGACAACUCAUGGAACGCGCAGGGCCGAAGUUCAUCCGUGAACAACGGAUCGACCACCCCGAACGAGCUCAAGCAGCCAAACACAGACUGGACGUUGACGAAAAAUCAAAACUCCAAUUCGAUUAAAAGCUAUAACUCUAUAAACAUGGACGGCACGCUGAUGCGCAAGGCCAUGCAUGCCGACCCUGAGAACUAUGUGAGCUCCAUGGCCCCUGGGCAGUACUGGACCUGGGGAAACCACAUGAGGGGCGGAGGGAAAGACAACAAGAUGUCCGCCGCCGUGCCCGCCGUCCCCGCCCGCUCCUGGACCCCCCGCUGCACCCCGCCACCCCAGCAGCAGCAGCCCUCCCUGCCCCCCCUCCCCCCGCACCCCCACCCCCACCCGCACCCGCACCCCCACCCUCACCCGCCUCCCGACUACCAGCACAACGUGUACAUCCCCGGCACGCCCUCCGGGUUCUGCACCCUGAGGCCCGUGGUGCACCGCAGCGAGCUGGACGUGCGCAACGCCUUCUCCACCUUCGGCAAGAAGAGGCGGCUUCAGAUGUCCCCGCAGGGCGAGGCCGCCAUCAUCAACAACGACCUGUACAACGAUUAAACUACGGGCUUGGCUGUUGAACGCGCGCACAGCCCCAGGGCUGAGGCAGACCGGGGUGCGGUGGGGUGAUCCAUCUGGUUACUGCAACCUUCAAGAAAGGAGGAUGAAGAAGGAGACAUGAGAAGGAAAGAUGCUGGCUUUUUCUGACUUUGGUUCGGUGUUGGUGGACUCAUGAAGCGAGCAAACGAAAGACGUUUCAGACAGUUUGUGAAGGGGGACCUGGACAAUGAACUCCUGCAGAGAUGGACAAACAAAUGGUGACGCCAUUUUUAUAUGGUUGGCAUUUAUGUACAUCUUAGUCUUUUCGUCCUCCUCUUGUAAUUAUUAUUAUUUAGACAAUCACGUUGAAGCGGUUAUUGAUUCAUCCAAAAGGUGUGGAAGUGUGUAGUGAACAGGAAGACUUUUUGCACAUCUUCAUGAAUUUAUAUUUUUUAUAAAAACACGAACGGAAAUGUUUUCUUUUGAUUUGAUUGAAUAUGCUUCAGGAGGUGUGCAUAUAAAAGGGCAUCAUAUAAUCAUAUGUAAUAUGCAAGAUGCCGUUGACACAUGCAGUUUUAACGGGUUGGGAAGGUAAUCAUCAACAGCCAUGUACUGGAACCAUUUUCUGAAAAUAAAGUAUUUUUUU